UACUAAUUGCCAUUAUAAAUUCAAUAGCAAAGGUUCUAUGGGAAGCAAGCAAGAGAGAACUGACUGAACGUGAGAUAUUCUUUGUUGGUGCAAGAGAGAGCAGAGAAGGUACUGUCGUAGGACGGCUGUGGAGACAAAGAGAGUAAAGGAAUAUUGCAUCUUCAACUGUUAGUACGUACGUACAUCGAUAUCUCCCACACCUAAAAUACUGUACAUCUGAGAAGUUACUCUUAGGUCACUGGCAAAGAUUCCAAUUAUUUAUAUCAUUAAUUGCAGCAGCAAUGGCGAGUUCAACUGAUGAGAACGUAAUUGUAGCAGAAGACGUGAUAGAGGCAAGGGAGGUGAUGAGCGAGAUAGAGGAAGAACAUGUGAACGAGCUAGAUGAAGGAGAGGUGAACCGCUGUGAUCAGCCGAUAGAGGAAGAAGAGGUGAACGACUGUCCGAUAGAGCAAGUUCGGCUGACAGUCCCAAUCACCGAUGAUCCAACGAUGCCGGCACUGACCUUCCGAACAUGGGUGUUGGGGGUCUUUUCGUGUACCGCGCUUACCUUUGCAAACCAAUUCUUCUCCUUCCGACAGAACCCGAUAGCCAUUGGAACAAUUUCAGCCCAGUUAGUGAUGCUUCCACUGGGAAAGUUGAUGGCUGUGAUGCUACCGGAGAAAAAAGUGACCCUACCCAUCACUGGUUGGUCGUUCUCGUUGAACCCGGGGCCCUUUAAUAUUAAAGAGCACGUCCUUAUUACCACCCUUGCUAGUGUUGGAACUGGUAGUGUAUAUACACUCCAAAUUAUCACGAUUUCCAAAGUUUUCUACAAGAUGGAAAUCCAACCUCUUCUGGCCAUCUUGCUAACCCUAACCACCCAGAUGCUUGGGUAUAGUUUGGCCGGUGUCUUCAAGAAGUACCUCGUCGAUUCACCUUACAUGUGGUGGCCAGGCUCUCUUAUUCAGGUGUCCAUGUUCAGGGCACUACAUGAGAUGGAAAAUAGGGUAAAGGGUAGAUUGACUAGGUUUCAAUUCUUCUUCAUAGCCCUUGUCUCUUGUUUUGCUUACUCUAUCAUCCCUACCUAUUUCUUCCCUUCAUUAUCUGCACUCUCUUUAAUUUGUUGGAUUUGGCCAAAGUCAAUCACAGCCCAUCAAAUCGGUGGAGGCCUACAUGGUUUGGGCCUCCUAUCAUUUGGGCUUGAUUGGAAUGUGGUGUCCUCUUUUCUUGGUAGUCCAUUGGCUAGCCCAGCUUAUUCUAUUAUAUGUUCCCUUGUGGGUGCCUUCCUUGCACUUUACUGUGCAGUCCCUAUCAUUUAUUGGACAAAUGGCUUUGAAGCCAAGAGGUUUCCAAUCUUCUCAAGUUAUACGUUUGAUAAAUCUGGAAACCCUUACGAUGUCAAAAGGAUAUUGGAUAAGAAGACAUUCAAUUUCGAUCAAGGAGCGUAUAAUAGCUAUAGUGAGGUUUACCUCAGUGCCAUAUUUGUAUUUGCUUAUGGUAUGAGCUUUGCCACACUAGCUGCGACUGUCUCCCAUGUCACUCUUUUUAAUGGAAGAUCAAUUUGGAGACAACUGAAGUCAAGCUUACAAGACAAGUCUGGAGAUGUGCAUAACAGGAUAAUGAAGAAGUACGACACAGUUCCACAGUGGUGGUUCUACACCAUCUUUGUAGUUGUGCUUGCAUUUUCCAUUUUUGCAUGUGAAGGGUUUGGUGGAAAACUCCAACUUCCUUAUUGGGGUGUGCUAUUAGCCAUCACUUUAGGUCUAGUUUUUACACUACCUAUUGGUGUAAUAGCAGCAACUACAAACAGAGAACCUGGACUGAAUGUGAUCACAGAGCUGAUUAUUGGUUAUCUUUACUCAGGGAGACCAAUUGCCAAUGUUGUGUUCAAGACCUACGGUCACUUAAGCUUGAAUCAUUCAAUAUAUUUCCUUUAUGAUUUAAAGUUGGGACACUACAUGAAGAUCCCUCCUAAGUCCAUGUUCUUAGUCCAGAUGGUAGGCACAUUGAUCAACAGCAUGAUAGGAUUUGGCACAGCUUGGUGGAUUCUGACUACUGUGGAGAACAUUUGUGAUGUUACUAAAUUACCAAAAGGAAGUCCAUGGACAUGCCCAAAUGAAAAUGUUUUUUUUAGUUCUUCCAUUAUAAAUGGUGUGGUGGGUCCACUUCGCAUGUUUGGGAAGCUUGGCAUGUAUGCAAAGUUGAAUUGGUUCUUCCUUGUCGGUUUGAUUUCACCAGUGCCAAUCUGGUGGUUAAGUGGCAAGUUUCCACAACAUAAAUGGAUUCAACUCAUCCACAUACCCCUCAUAUUCUCUGGUGCUACUGCCUUUCCAGUAAUUAAAGCUGUUCACUUUUGGACUUGGGGUGUAGUUGGGAUCUUCUUCAAUGUUUAUGUGUAUCAGAGGUACAGAGGAUGGUGGACUAGGCACACUUAUGUUCUCUCAGCGGCCUUACAGGCAGGGGCUGCUUUCUUGUCACUGCUUGUCUAUUUCUCUCUCCAAAUGAACAGUAGAUUUGGUCCUGAUUGGUGGGGUGCGGAUGGAGGAGAUCAUUGCCCUUUUGCAACUUGCCCUACAGAUCCAGGGAUUGUGGUUGAUGGCUGCCCAUCUGUGUCAUAAGAUAAUUUCUUUCUUCAAUUGUGUGUUUGUGUAUAAAAUAUCAUUUAUUAGCAACACUCAGGAAAUAAAUCUUGCGUAUUCACUAGCCAUUCAAUA